CUGUUGUUGACGUUGCUCUAAAAAAUUAUUUUCAAAGUUUUUAACAAAUAUUCAAUUCAACUUCCAAUAAAAUGAGUGAAUUAUCCGCCGCUGAAGAAGAUCGCAUUCAAAAGAGGGUUAAUAAAAUUCUAGAAACGCGUCUGGACACUGACAAGGACACUUUGGAAGCUCUCGCCGACUUAUCGACUUUCUUCACCGACAACACCCUUCAAACUCGUCGUAAUCUUCGCAGUAAAAUCGAGAAACGUAGCGUCGGCAUCAACGAAAACUUCCUCAAUGCAUUCCGUGAAGUCAAACUGUCUUUGGAUGCUGUUUGCACCGAAAUCGAUACCAUGGCCAAUUCAGUGCGCACCAUGAAGGAGGAUUUGGAGAAUUCAAAAGCCCUCACUCAUGAUUUGAUAACCCAGACAAAUUCUCUGCAAGAAGAACGUAGUAAGCUACAGAUCCACCAACAAAUAGCCGAGGCAUUUCUAGGCCGAUUCCAGUUGAGUGUCCCCGAACAUCAAAUGUUGUACGGCACCACUAGAGAUGCCCCGAUUGUUGGGGAUUUUUUCAAGGUACUCGAUAGAGUCCAAGCAAUUCACUCCGAUUGCAGAGUUCUCAUGCAGUGUGGCUAUCAGACAGCUGCUCUGGACAUCAUGGAGGAGAUGACAUUGCACCAGGAAGGCGCUCUGGAGCGUCUCUAUCGCUGGACUCAGAAUCACUGUAGGAACUUGAAUAACAACGAGAUCGGAGGCCUAGUCGUGGAAGCUAUGAAUCGCUUACAGGAUCGUCCAGUUUUGUUUAAAUAUGUCAUCGAUGAGUAUGCAAUCUCUCGUCGAGCAGUUCUGGUGAGGAUGUUUAUAGACGCUUUAACUGUAGGUGGACCUGGAGGCAAUCCGAAACCGAUUGAAAUGCAUGCUCACGAUCCCAAACGUUAUAUCGGGGAUAUGUUUGCCUGGCUCCAUCAGGCCAUCCCCAACGAAAAGGAGAAUCUUAUGAUUUUGGUCAAGAAAUGCGACAAAAAUGACUUAUCCGAUCAAAUUCAGACGGCUUUGGCUCAUAUCGCCGAUGGUGUGUGUCAUCCCCUGAAGGUUCGUGUGGAGACUAUCCUGAAUUCAGAGAAGGACACCAUCAUUCUGUUUGCUCUGUCCAAUCUACUUCGAUUUUAUCAGCAUACAAUCAACCAGGUUGUCAAAGGAGGAGCUCUUGAACAAUGCAUCAGCGAUCUACAGAAAUUCAGCGAGCAGAUCUACUUGAACUCGUUGUCCAGUCAAGUGAAGACGAUUCUUCAGCGUCCAGCGUCGCAUGUCAUGGGUUUGGAACCUCCCCAACGCGAUUUAGUUCCACCCUCAUCAGUUGGUCGACUUUUGAAUAUUCUCAAGGAAAUCCUAUCUGUCGCUACCAUGGUCGAUGGUCGUCAAUCGGACAUCACCAAAAUCGUCUCGUGCGUCAUUGAUCCACUGCUCCAAUCGGUACAAGAGUCUGCAUCCCAUUUACCUACCGUCGAUAUGGCUGUGUAUCUUCUUAACUGUCUCUAUCACAUGCAAAGCACUUUGGCCGUCUAUGAGUACAUGGACGAUAGAGUUGAACGUCUCCAAGCCCAAUCUGAAGCCCAAAUGGAUACUCUUACAUCAGAGCAGGCCUCAUCGUUGGUUGCUAACUUAAAUCUUGGCCCAAUUUACACGAUUUUACAAAACAAUCAAAACAAAAUAGAAGCUAAUCUGUUGAAGAUUUUCAUGAGUAAAAUGGAUGCUUUCCUGGAAAUGCCUGAAAUUCUUUUGCUACCCCAAAUUCAAUUGCUCUUGUCCAGCAACCAUCGAGCUACCGUACAGAAGAGAGCGUUUAAUGUUAUUGUUACUAUUUAUAAGCAAAUCUAUGAGAGAGUUCAUGAUCCGGCAAAUGGAUUUGAAAAUCCAGAAACGAUUUUCUCCAAGAAUCCCGAACAAGUAUCGAAGAUUUUGGCGGUAUAGUGGGGAAUUUCCAAUAAUUAUUUAUAGGAGAUAAGAAGUUUAAUAGACAAAUAAAAAUAAACUGUAUUUAAAUACCAAAUAA